UCUCCAGUCGAGAACGGCUUUUCCCGCGUACAUCGUGCUAGUGUAUCCAGUUAUUUUCCACAAUUACCCAAUAAAGUUAACGAAAUAUUGGUUUAGUAUCACUACGCUGCCAUUUAUCAUAGCGACUAUCAUUUAUGAUAAUGCACAUGACUCUGGGUUUGGCCAAUCUCAGGAACUGUUGUCUAGUGUUUUGUGAUGAUUUUUCAACGACCAAUUUAAACUCGGGUACACAACCACCAAGAAUUCGCGCCAGUGUCGAUUGCGCGUAAAACAUCAAUAUUCUCCUCAAAUCUACUGAGGAUUUGUUUUUCUUUUUUUUUUAUUUGCGUUGUCUUUCAAAUACCCUCACCACAAUAGUUCGGGUGUUUGCUUUUUUUUUGUGAGACGAACUCAUUUCGAAGAAAUAAAUACUCCAGGUGUUUAAUUAAUUUUCAUUAUUUCCGUUAAUUAACCACUGCUCAGAGAAUUCAAGCAUUGUCAUCUGAUUGUUCGAAAAUACCGGAGAUUGUUUAAGUGAUCAAUAUAACAGUGCGUCUCCGUCAUUGACUUUUUUUACCCAUCUUGGAUUACUUCAACAACGAACACAGGAAAAUGCCGGUGCCAGUGUGGGACUCACCAGACAUUGGUUUGCUCGAGGAGCCACUGGAUACAGUCCUGUCGGACGAUAUAUGGAAAAAGUUUGACUUGGAUACACCUCUCGACAUGUACACACAUUAUCGCGAUUGUACGUACGAAGAGAAUGUACAAUCCGAAUUAUACGGCCAAGAUGUAUGCUACGAAUCACGUAAAAUACGUCACCACGAUUGCAUGUGGGCGGGUUUAUGUAUAAGCAAAGAGCACAACAGAACAUUACCAGCUAAAAAGGAUAGUCAGGUGCACAGAAAAGUAGCGGCCGGUCGUAGUUUAUUAAUAUCUCGUGCAACACCCUCACAACAAUCACAAUCACAACUACAAACACAAACACAAAUACAAACACAUUAUCAGCAACACAGGCGUAACGAUAAUUUAGAGAGUGAUGGUGAUUCAAUAAGACCAGAAACACCACAGAGCUCAACAGAGUCUGAUACAGAGAGUGAAUGUGAUGUACCUAUAUUCAAACACGAUCAGAUCUGCAUCAAUGAGAAAUUGUCCGAGUGCAUGUCUAUGGGCAAGGCCGCGCCCGUUAGCGAGGUCACUGGACAGCUGGUGAGGAAAUGCCCAGAGAGGAGGAGACUUGCCCUCGCUACCCCAACUCACUCUAAUUCAUCAAGCACAAAUAUCACUGCUAUGGAGACAGAGAUCAGAAAUACAUUGAGCGAUCAUUGUUAUCACAUCAAUCAGCCAAAUACCAAGGAUAUGGAGAAUUUAGGAGUACAAACACCAUCAGAUUCUGAAGAGGAAAUUGACGUUGUGAAUUUCGAGAAGCCUUGUAGACCACCGAUGUUACUGAGACACCCAAAUUCAACGGAUCAACAAGUGUUUCGACGGAGUGGAUUCAAAGAAAAACCAGAGCGACGACCACGCGGUAGACCGCGAAAAAUAGAGGAAGAUGGUAGUCAACCGAAGCAAAAGAUCAAGCAGGAGCAUGAUCUUGAGGAGCAAGAGCCGGAACCAGUGGCUAAACGUCCGAAGCAGCGUGCAUACCAGAGAAAAACAAAGAUGCCAAAGAGUGGACCACCAACGCCCAUGUCAUCGCCACUUAAAUCAUCUUCAUCAUCGUCGAGAAGUUCAUCGGACGAUGAGCCAGAUAUUCAAAAGAGAAAUCUCCACAAUGACAUGGAGAGACGGAGAAGAAUAGAUCUGAGAAAUGCGUACGAGGAUUUGAGACGUUUGGUGCCAGAAAUUCAGGACAAAGAGAGGUCAGCAAAAGUAACAAUUCUACGACAGUCAGCCAAAUAUUGUGAUAUGCUCAAGGACGUUGAGGAAAAUAGUUUGUCAAAAAUUGCUGAGCUACGAAUGCGCCAGAAAAAAUUGUACAAGAGGCUUCAAGUGCUGCGAAGGUAUUUCGCAUUGACUCGCUGAGGAAAUUCUGAAUUAUUUCAAUUUAAUCUUGACCUGAAAGUCUAAGAUUCUUAUAAAUUCACGUGAAAUAACAUCAAUAGCUUUUUUUCCAUUGACUGUGACUAACGCUGAGAACCAAAAGUGAAGCCUAGCAAGGGCUGAUGGAUACAAACAACAUCCGGUGGAUCUGGUUUUUAUCUUGGUGAAAAUGAGAAUAAAAUUAUACACACAGUGAUAAUACGCCCAAUCCGCUCGGGUCACCUGCGAGAGAGGCUUGGCGCAGCUCAGGGAAGUGAGAAACGUUAUGAAGGAAUGAGAAUAGCAAGAACAAGAUAGCGCUCACACACGUGUCCUCAUCAACCGAUGGACUUUUCACCGCCGUCACACCCUAUCUCCAUGUAAUUCCCGGAGGUUUCUUCGGCCAAUUUCACCCUCUGUCUCCUAAUUUCCAUCGGUUAGGACCUCUCCCCCUGAUUUAUCCAUGAGGCUGCCACCUCAUAACUUGGUGCAUACCAGCAGACUCGUGUAUACUGGAAAAGCCGAUAGCUAGACUGGACCGGUUUGUGGGAUUCUUUCAUAGUUUUCAACUGCAAUCAUGCAAGUACGUACGCAUCGCUGACUGCACUCACACGCUCGCUCAUUUUAUUCAACUUUUUUUUUUUCAAAUUCAGCCUCAUACAAUGACAUUAAAAUAUCCACAUGGUCUACUAAAAUGAAAUGGUCAAAUUUUCUUUGAUCUCUCAAACCCUGGAAGAGCGAAAAUCCAUUGAGCCAGUCAGUUAGAUGAGACGAGCGUGUCUUGUACAUUUGUACUUUGCGUUGUAGCAAGAUUGAUGAGUCAGAUGAGACUCAUACGAAGAUGAAUUGAAAGUUUGGGUGGAAUACUGUUAGAGUUAAAAAUUGUAAUUAAACGCGUGAUUUUGUUUUGCAGAUUCUUCUUAGAUAUCUUAAUUACAAUUUUUACGUAUCUCUAAGUACACUAAGGGAUGGUGGAGAAUAGCCUGGUAUGAGUUGAUACGAUCGCUCGAGGACUUGAAUUCAGAGAAACACUCGAACUAUUAUAAAUUACGGAUUGGAGAGCGAAAUAGAUAUCCAAGUUGAUGCGACAUGUGUAAAUAUAUUUUUUCUACGUCAUUAUUAAAGAAAUGAGUCAUGUGCAAGAGAAUCUGAUGGCUGGGAAAAAGAGACAGUUGAAACGCAGUUUUCAUAACAGACAUCCAAAGUUAAUACGAGAUAUGGUUGAAAUAAAUAAUUUGUUUUUGUUUUUUUUUUUCGGACCAUUCGAGUUUCUGGUGGCUUUCAUGCGAUCGUACAACUCACAUUAUUCAUUUAUUCGUAAAGAGUUUUAUAAGUAUGAUACACGUGUGGUUGAGCCACAGUUGAAUUUAUUUUUUAGUUUGUUUAUAAUUUGGGAGAAUAGGAGUCGCUGUGCGACUGCUGCUCUUUGUUUCUUCGAAUAACUUCGCUCUAUUUGAAGACAUUGAAUAAGGUUUAAGUAUAAGAUUCAGUACUAUAUAAUUACAUAGUGUAUUGAGGUACAACCGUAGCUUUCGUAGUGAUAGAAAACAAAUAUUGAAAUUGUGGUAAAAUAAGAGAUGAGCUUUAAGAUUUCAUUCGUAAGAUUUAUAUUUUAUCAUUUGUUCGAAUUAUUGUGGAAAUCUUUAUAAUGCACAUCUCACUGGGCCGUAUCAUAUGUUUCAUGGGCCCUGUUUCCUUGUGAUUUUUUUUUCUUCUUCAUUUACUUCAUUUACUACCCCUUUUGAGAAUUUGUGUUGAAAAAGUUAUUGAGAUAUAUUUUGUUGAUUUAGCUGAGCUUUGAAUUUGCUAUGAAGUGCUCCUUUUCAGUUUAGAUGCAGUUAACGAUGUAAAUGUUAAAAAAUGAAGAUACGAAUUUAUGAUUCAUAAAAGAAGUAUAAUCCUUCAGCCUCGACUUUCGGCGUUUUUUUUUUCUUUCGACAUGAUUAUGGAAUCCAUUGGUUUUUCAUUGAAUUUUGGUUAUUGUGAUUUUUGAAAUCAUUACUCGACUUUCACGUUGCAUGGCAACCGGAAGCCAUUGGACUUGGGUCAGUUCAUCGAACUAGCUAUGUGUGAACGAGUUGAAUAUCUCGUUUGGUAGAUCCGUAGGUGUUCUGGACGUAGACACCGACUGAUCUUGGGGUCUUCCGUGUGCUGGCGCGGCCAAGAAUUACGUUUUAAUCGUGUCACUUAUUAACAAGACGAACGUAUGAUGUUGUCAUUUUUUUAACGUGUAUCGAUUUAUACAUAUAUGAAAUAUAUAUAUAGAAUAUAUAUUGGGAAAAUAUCGAAGAAAAGAAUGAGGAAACUUACAAUGGUAAAAUACUAAAAACUGAAUAGAUAAGCGUGAUAACCUUAUUAAUGUUACAUGAUUUCAAUUGUUUCAUACCAUUUUUUUCCCUUCGCUUUAGUAAUUUUCUAUACAACUUUAUCAAUAUUAUUAACUAUAAUUAAUAUAUAGUUAUCGACGCAGACCCACGAACCACCAAGCAAAUGAGAAUCAAAUGUUUCAAUAUUAUAAAACAGCAAUGGUGAAGUCACUACUUUUUAUCAAUUCAUCAAUUAACCACGAGGAUAAAACAAUAUUCAAUUAAAGUCUAAGAGUUGAUUUGAAGGUGGUUCAUAUUGCGAGUGAGUACGAGAUACGGGUGAAAGAAAAGUAAGGGGAGAGGGCGGGGGGAAACUAAAUGUGUUCAUUACAAUUGUGUGUAACAGUAUUCGUUUAUACAUACUUUUACAAGUGAGAAAAGGGAGGAGACAAAUAAUACAAAAUGAAAAUGCAAAAAGUAACAGAGUAAAAGGUGGGAAGGGGAGAAAAAGAGAAACAAAGAGGGACAGGGGCACACGGUGAAGCUGUAGAGAGGGAGGCUGAGAAUACCGUUGGGGGGAGGGAGGGGGGACACAAAAAUAUAAUGAUAAAAAGAAAUAAAACGGUGGAGAGAAAGAGGCAGUGAAUACAAUAGCAUUACCGGCCAACAGGAAACUCUAGGUAGAAGAGCACAAUAGUUCGGUGGAAAGACGGGCGAAUAGUGAAUAGUGAAAAGUUGAGAGAUAGAAAAUUGUGCAUGCUUAUUAUUGAGAAAGAGAGAAAAUGAUGAGGGUAAAAGUGCUUGAGUUUGUGAAUGAGUGUAAAAGUAUGAGGUUUUUUUGCUUUGCCCAUCUUUACUUCUUUUUUUCAUUUUCAAAUAACCGUUGUGCUGAUUCUACGUGCGUAGAAGACAGGAAAUAAUAUUGUUGGUAUCUUAUUAUACGAAGAAUAUGUACGUACAGUGGAUAUCAACACGAGUUAAGAACUAAUUAACAAUACGAGGAAGCCUGAAUCGCAACUUAAGUGCUUCACGUAGCGAUAUAGUUAGUGCGUCGGCAGACACCGUCACUCGUGGAUUGUUAUCGGCGUCCGGAAAUUCGUUCUGUCAGUAUGUCGACAGCUUUACACUUAAUGUUAAUAAAAAAAAAAGAAAAACUCAAAAAUUAGCAGCUCGUGAACUAUCAUAAACUUUGCACAAAACGAAAUCAGAUGUCAUUUAUAAACCAGCGAUAGCAUUUCGGGUAAUGGACAUUUUUUAUUCAAAAUAAUAAUUAUUGUUCAAUUGAAAGUUGUCGAAAAUAAAACUUGAAGGUUUUUUCAUUAGUCAUUUUUCCACGUAUUUUAUACAUUUUUUGUAUGGGAUAAACAUUAAGUCGUGCUUUGCCGAAGGCCGAGUUUCAGUACUGAGUAAUAAAUAUUUUUUAUGUAAUUUUUAAGGUUUGUACAAAAAUUGAAGCAUUUAUAUUUCCGAAAAUCUAACUCGUGCCUUGCUCAACGCGGUUUAUUUACCUAACAUUGAUUCUUGGUUUGUUAUUGAUGCAAUUGAUGGUUCUAAAAAUAGGCAGUGUGACGUAAGGAGUCCAAUUGUUGAAUAAUCAUUUUGAGUCUCCCUCCCCCUUGUACUGAUGGAAAGUACUCCUCAUUACUUUCUUCUUGAGUUUACUUGUCAUCCAAUUUUUAUGGCAAUUGUCCAUGAAUAUUUUCAAUGAAAACAAGAAAAUUUCUCACAAAUGACCGUCAUUCCGGCUUGUAUGUGAGAAUAAAUGGGAAAUAGCAAGUAAUUAACACCGUCAUCGAAAACAGCAAUCGGCAGUAUACAUCUCCGCUUCCAUCGAUACUCGACAAUCAUCUAAAGAUUUGAUGUAUCGAAAUAACCAAUACGACUUUUUGAAUAUGUUGGUAUAUUAUGAAGUAUUUGGAUUCACGGGGAUUUUAAAAUAAAUCCAUUAUCAUGCAAUCUAAAUAUCUCGUACGCGAACUGUUGAUCGCCGUUAUUAAUGCUUUUUCCUGGAAGAGUGCAAACGUACCUGUUAGCCACAUAGACAUUGAUAUAAAUUUAUAGUUAUAAUAAAUGAAUAGCGAAAGAAAAUUUAAACAAUUAAUCAAGUGAGAGAAAGAAUUGAAAUGCUCGGUGUAAUGUAAAAAAUUUUUUUUCUUUAUUAAGAUAAUAGACUUGAAGGGAUAAAUUGCUACCGUUGAAUUGCUCGUCAAGUUUACGUUUUUAUUUUGCAUCUAAGAUGAAUUUCUGUUUAUUUUUAUUUUUCCAUUACGUUAUCCUUCUAUGUUCGAUUGGUUGAAAAUUGAAUGGACUUGUGUCUUAUGAAAUGAAUUAUCCUUCAUUACUAAACGAAACUGCGUUCCGAUGCGCCGAUGUGUCCUACUUCGAGAUCCAAUUUUCAUAUUUAUCAUAUUUGAUUUAAUUUUUUUUCCAUACAUGAAAAGAGACGUCAGUGAAAAUAACUAAUCAGUUGAAAACGUGAUUAAACAAAGGGCGCGGUGCGCGUGCGUUAAAAUUACGUUGAGGCUGAGGAACUUUUUUUUUUUAUUAAAGUGUAGUUUUGCCACUUGUUGUAAAUACAUUAUGCAACAUUUAACGAGUUGAAUAAGCAUUACAUUUAUAAUUAUAACAAUGCUUAACAUUUAAGAGGAUAAAGUAAGUGAUAGAUGAAAAAACGUUGAGGCUCAUUCAAGCAUAUGGAUGAUUGACAUAUAAUAUUAGGUUUUUUAUUGAAAGGAGAGGAAAACAAUAUUUUAUUUGAUCCUUUAUUUUUAUACAUUGUAAAAGCCGAGAAACGGGCCUCACUCUAGAUAGACGAAAAAAAAUCAUUUGGAAGUAAACAAAAAAAGUUAAAAAAAUAACAACAUAUUAAUAAUGCACAAAAUUAUCAAUAAGAAUAUUAAAUGAAGGUAGCAUAAAAAUUGGAUACAACACAGGAAUGCAAAACAAAUUGAAAAUGCUGUAGAACGCAACUGCGAUUCAUCAAACUGCAUUGUAGAAGAAAUCAUGUGAAAUUCACACCCAGAAGGGUUAGAAAUUUUUACAAAAGGUAAUUUUUUUUUCCCCAAUUGCUGAUCCUCUUUGGUCUGGAGUUCACACAAUACUUUUCUACACUGUAUAGAAUCUCUUAUUUUUGUAAGAAAAGAGUGUUACAGAAAAAUGGCCGAAAAAAAUACGACCGAAAAGAAUGAAAAUGUUGAAAAAAAUGUACCAUUCGUUUUAACUGAACAACUGACAAUACCUGGGCUGUUUUUUUCUCGCAAUCAGAUAUAUCGACGUUUCGGUUAAAACGAAAGAAUACCCCAGAGACUUAGUCGCUUUAACGGGACAUGCGAUUUUUCCUCUUGUGUUGAGUCAUUUAAAGCCUAUGAAAAUAAAAUGUCAAUUGAAAAAGAAAUAUUUCGUUGGUUAUUGUAACCGUUUUUUAACACUUAUUAUUCCUAUCCCCUGAAAAUAAAUGAGUUAUUUUUUCUUCAGGACUCACGUGAGAUGGACCACUCGUACUUCCGAUUUUACUGUACCUUUUGCUCCAGAGUAACCAGGGAAAUAUAUAAUACAUUAUUUGAUCGAAUCCAAUUACAUAAUUGAAUUAUGAGACUGAAUGGAUUUCAAUAGAAUUUAGUAAAUUCAUGAUGGUUUUUGAAAUUCAUUUUGUCGUUAUGAAACGUUAAAAAGUCUGUACACCAUUCGUGUCGAGGAUCAAUGAAUUUUAGGCACUGAUUGGUGACUAAUAAUUAGUGAUUAGUACAUCAUCAAGAGCUAAUCGACAAUAAAUCGUUUUUCCUAAACCUCCAGGCAAAAUUUACCUCUAACUUGCUGGCCUAACUGCACAAUGUACUGUGGACGCAUUUAAAGAAUAGUGUAAAUUAUGAAUGCACAGAUGAAAGAUUAAAAAAAUAAUGCAUAUUGGAAGUUUAACGUAAAAAAUAACACAUGAUACAUGUAGAAGUAAUAAAUUAAACCUUCAUUUACUGCUGUAAAUUCUUCGAUGCCUCACGUGUAGAUAAUUUUUACAAAAUUAAAGUAAUCUAAACUUGUAUACAAACGAAAUGAUAAAGAAAUGAUAAAAUGCCUCUCCCAUAAAUUGAGGAAAAAUUCUUCAAGGUUUCGAAUAGAAUUAACGGCUAUUAAUUCAUUGGAAUUAUUGAUAAGGUCACUUCAGCAUUAUAUUGGUAUGAAGAUUUUUUUUUUAGAAUUGAUUUUCAAUUGUAAACAUGAAGACACGAAUAAGAAAAAUGGAAAAGACAAGCCCGAAGAUGCUAGGUGUACUUAAAAUAUUGUUGUUAUACUUGGUUUUUAUGAAAUGGUCAAGUUUUUCAAGUUUCUGAAGAAGAACAAA